GUUCCAAGUGGUAGCUUUCGCACACUCCCUAUUUUUCGUGCGCUAACUGAUCGUCUCUUCUCCACUCCGCUCUUCAAACGCACUGUCUCAUCGCGUCCCUUCGCCAAUCGCUUCCUCGUAGGCUGCCACUAACAUUCUCGUGAAUUACCGCAUAAUGGCCAUGGAAGCAGCUUCUCACCCAACUACUCCCAGUGCUGAAAUGGUUGGAAAUGCAUUUGUUGAGCAGUACUAUCAUAUUCUUCAUCAUUCACCAGAAUUAGUCUAUCGGUUCUAUCAAGAAUCUAGUGUACUGAGCAGACCUGAUUCAAAUGGGGUGAUGGCAUCAGUGACAACAAUGAAAGGUAUUAACGAAAAGAUCCUUUCAUUAAACUUCAAAGACUUUAAAGCUGAGAUCAAGACUGCUGAUGCUCAAAAGUCUCACAAUGAUGGAGUGACUGUGUUGGUAACUGGUUCUCUGACUGGCAAGGAUGACCUGAGAAGACCUUUUGCACAAUCAUUCUUUCUUGCUCCUCAAGACAAUGGAUACUUUGUUCUGAAUGAUGUUUUUAGGUAUCUAGAACAAAGUGAGCCAUCAGAACAGCACUCGGUUAAUGUGGUUGAUGAUGCAAUUGAUGUUCUUAUAACUUCUGAUCCAGACCCCAGUCAUGUCUCUGAUCCAUCUGCACCAGACGCUGCAAAUUCUCAUGCGAACAAGGAUCAAAAUGGUGCUGAGAAUGCUUAUGUGCCAUCUAAUCUUGAAAGACAAUCACUUGUUGAAAUUGAGGGUGCUGAAGAGCCCCAGUCUCAGUCUAAUGGCGUUGAUGUUUCACAGGCCACAGAAUUGGCUUCUUCAGCUCAAGAGGACACUCCAAAGAAGUCUUAUGCAUCUAUUUUGAAAGUCCUUAGAGGAAGCUCAGAACCAAAUAAAGUCUAUGUACCUACUAAAGCUGUAAAGGUGGUGCCAAAAAAAAUUGAGAACCAGUCAGUUGAGCCAGUUGAAUCUGCUGCAGCACCUGAACCUGAAAGAGAACCAAAUAGUGUCAAUGUGCCUGAAAGUAGUAAUAAUCACGAGGAAGUUGAAGGAUAUUCCAUUUACAUCAGAAAUUUGCCCAUGAGCGUGACGGCUUCUCAGUUGGAGGUGGAAUUCAAGAGAUUUGGACCCAUCAAGCAAGGAGGCAUCCAAGUCAGAAAUAACAAGCAGCAGGGAUACUGUUUUGGAUUUGUCGAAUUCCUGUCUCCGAGUGCCAUGAAUAGUGCAAUUCAGGCUUCACCUAUUACAUUUGGGGGUCGUCAAGCUGAAAUUGAGAUGAAGAGAACUACUACUCGAGUUGGUGCUGGUGGUGCUGGGAGAGGUAGGUUCCCACCUGCAAGAGGUGGGUUUCGAAAUGACUUCAGGGGCCGUGGCUUUGGUGGCGGACGAGGGUUUAACCGAAAUGACUAUGGAAAUCCAGAGUUCUCCGGAAGAGGUCGGGGCCCUGGUAAUCGGGGCAGUGAAGGUUAUCACCAAGGUAGAGGGAGAGGCGGCCGCUCAAGUGGACAAAGGCAUAAUACUCUUUCUUCCUGAGAGCAUUAGAUACAUUGUGGCUCUUUUAUUCAGUAAGUUGUUAGAAAACACAGGCACAGGCUGGUGGCACAAUCUUCACGCUGCUCUCAAGCAACAUCAAAAGCUCCUGAUGCUAGUUACACCUUUGAUUGCAAUUGCACAGUUGUAGUAGUAGUAGUAGUUAUCAUGCAACGAUCCUUCCUAGUGGUUAAGUAUAGUAGGUAGGUUCCUGUCUAGCCAGCAACAUACGCCCCUUUCUUAUUUAUUUAUUUAUUUCUAAGUAUUAUGCAAACAAAUGCCUAUGUUGGAUUUGUUGGUUCCUCCUUGGUGGAUCAGUUUUGGCCAGAGUUAGCAUUGAAUUAGCCGUUCCAUUG